UGAACUUUGGUGUCUGACAAGAAGCAAAACGCAUUGAAACAGACAGACUGCGUUCACUCCGUAGCUCAGCGUUCAUCUGUAGAUGUCUGAUUGGACUUGUAGGAAACAGGCGAAACUGACAUAAAAUUAAACGGGAUUUUUAACGUGUGAAAAACCGUGUACCGAGGUGACAGGAUGUCUGACGACGAACAACAACAAGCGGUCGAAAAUGGGGAGGACGACAGUGAACAACAAGAAGAACUCGACGAAGAACCUGCUUACAAGCAAGUCGCAGAUUUCGGCUGGAGCGACAAUGGACCAGAAGAGGCCCGACUCGUGACGCCGUGUGGGAUAUCCGUUUCGCAAAAGGGAGACGUAUUUGUCGCUGAUUUCGGUGACGGGAAAGUGAAGGUGUACACUAAAGACGGGGAAUUCCAGAGAGACAUCUCGCAUAAGAGCGAGAAACUGGAGAAUUUCUAUCCAGGGGAUGUGGUGGUCAGCGCCGAUGAUGAGUCUAUUUACGUGCUGGGUGCCGGUAACUUCGACGAUGCCGACAACAACGCCAUCGUCAAAUUUACCUACGACGGAGAAGCGGAGAAAGAAAUCAUCAGCGAAAAACUCAAAGGUGCAAUCAGCCUGGCCGUCAAUAGCAGAGGGUUGUUGUUCGCUGUGGACAGAAAUCGAAGGCGUGUUAUUGUGCUUGACCAAGAGGGGAAAUUCAUUCGAGCCAUCGGGAGCAGGGGGUGCGAUUUAGGUAAAUUUGACACGCCGAUGUAUUUGAGGUUUACCCGAAGGGAUUUCCUAAUCGUUACCGACAUCGCGAAUCGUAUUCAAGUUUUUGAUCCGGAAGGUUCCGUUGUCAGGCUAAUCCAGCACGUGCCAGGCCCCACUGGAGUUUCUGUAGAUAUGGAUGAUCAGAUCAUAGUUGGGGGUGCCGGAAUUCGAGUUCUUACAAUGAAGGGAGAGACAGUAGGUAUCAUAGGAAAUCGACAUGAUGGACCAACAACUCGUGGCAUAGCGGCCAGUAAGAUCGACGACGUCAAUUACGUUUUCGCGGUCUGCUGCAAAUGCAGUCUCCCCGAAGGCCUGAAAUCUUACGUAGCGGUAUAUCAAUACGACUCUGAAAAACUAAAACAACAACCAAAAAUCAUCGACAAUUAAGGCCCCCUCUUCUAAAAAAAAAUUCUACGGCGUACAUUUUGCAUAUAUUGCGUCAAAUUUAUAUUUUGAAUAUACCAGUAGGCUCGAUUAGAUAAACUGUCCGCUCAAUACAAAACAAAAAACACACCUUGGGAAUAUACAUAGAAUCAAUGUAAGUGAGGUUAUAUAAUUUGUAAUAUAAAUUGUUGUAAAUACGUACAAAUUUAGCGGGCAAAGAUUAAUUUGAUGAGAACGUGUAAGAACUAUGCUAAAUAAUAGAAUAUAUUGUGCAUUAUUUUGUUUCUUGCAUACGUACACGUAUCUGCGAUUUUAAAAUAAAAAACAUUGGCCAGACAACUUUGAAUCUGUGAAUUGGUUCAGCCAUAUUGCAAGUCAUACAUACAAUGACAACAUGGGCAUCUUAUGUUCAUUUCUACUAGUUUUAAGUCAGUUAACCAGUUUUCAUACACGUUUAAGACUUUUAUUGUGAAUUAGAUAAUAAUGCACGCAGUAGAGGGUGGUUGAACUUUUGAAGAUCAAAGUCAAAUUCAUAAUAAUAAACCCAUACAAAUGUUUCAAGUUUUUAAAAAUAUUUGGUCCACAAAAUAAUAAAGAAGUUACAGGAAAAUUUAAAUGUCCGAAACGUUGGACCAUCAUUUUGGCGGGGGAGAUAUUGACGUUCAAAGCUUGUUGUUCUUUGUGUUUGUUUUCUACUGUAACCAAAUGGACAACUUGAACAUCAAAGUAUAGUAAGUUUGCUUCGAGUCUUUUAAUAUAAGUAAGUCGAUGUCAUUGAUGAAAUUAACACCUUCGACACUACACAUACUGAAUAUAUUACCUAAGAGUUCCAUGCUAUACCAUUCAUGAAAUCUACACACACAUUUUUCAAUCUGUUCGUUCAAGUGUUGUUAAUUUCCCAUCAACAUACGCGUCUACUUACCGUCUACUGUAUACAUAUUAGUUUAAACGUGUAUUCAACAUUACUACUUUUUUGUCAAUACAUCUUACCCGUUGUAUGCCUGUCUUUGUAAAGACGUAUUUCUCUACACCCAAUAAACCACUCUGUUU